AUGCGUAUAAAAUUGAAAGCAGAUUGGACGCUUGAUUUAAACCAGUCCGAUGCAAGCGUUUCAAAGACGAAGGUCAUAGAUCAGAAAAUGUCAUUUUUGAGAUAUGUUCCUGGUGCUAAACCAGGAAAGAAACGUCCUGUACCCAAAGAUAAUGCCAACACAGAUGUCGACAUAAAAAAACGGUACGAGGAAAAAAGGACGCGAGUUUUCCAAGCGAGUUGGAAACAGCAAUACAACUGGCUUGAGUAUGAUUUAGAGAACAAUGUUAUGUUUUGUGUAUCUUGUCGAGAGGCCGGUGUCGCCGAAACAGAGUGUGCUUUUGUUUCGGGGACUAGCUGUUUUCGUAAAGGCCUGGUUGAUGCACACAAAGACAGUGCAAUUCAUUUGAAAUCGACAGAAACAAAAAAAGCAAAGACCUUGCCAAUUGCACAGAGCCAGGGAGCUAAGUGCCUUCAAAAACUGAAAAAGGCAGAUAAUGACAGGUUGCUUAUUUUGAUGAGAAAUGCACAUGCUGUAGCUAAGCAUAACAUGAGCUUAAAAUCAUAUGUCUUGUUAUGUAAAUUAGAUAAAGCCAAAGGUCUUGCAGUCGGUGAAACCUAUUUAAAUGACAAAGCAGCAGCAACAUUCACAGAGUCCAUUGCUCGCACAACAAGAGCUGGGUUAAUCCAGAAAAUUAAAGACUGUGACUUCUGUAGCAUAACAUGUGAUGGAGCCACAGACUUUACUGGGGAUGAUCUUGAAAGCCUCUACAUCCGCACAUCUUCUAGGGGGAAAAUUGAGGACAGCUUCUUAUCUAUUGGCUGCUCUGAAUCUGCCUGUAGUCAAGAUAUUUUUACCUUCAUAAAAAAUGUCUUCAAGCGGCUUGGUAUUGAGGAUGCAAUAAUGCCAAAGCUUGUUGGCUUUUGUGCAGACGGUGCAUCAAAUAUGCAAGGGGUAAAAUCUGGUCUUGCUGCACUAUUGAAAAAGGAGUGGCCUCAUCUGUUGUCAACCCACUGUCUCGCCCAUCGCCUUGAGCUAUCUUUCAAAGAUACCGUGAAGCAGUCCUGUCCAAAGAUAUAUGAAAAGGUUACCACACUACUGCUAGGCUUGUACUACCUGUACAGGAAAAGUCCGAAAGAGAAAAAGGGGUUGCUACGGGCAUUUGAAAGUGUGCAAAUUAAACCGAUAUUACCAACAAGGAUUGGCGGCACAAGGUGGCUUCCCCAUUAUGAACGUGCAAUUAGAGUCAUAUCGAAAGGGUACAAGGCCUUCCGAUUUCAUCUCGAGAACUCCUCCCACAAGAAUCCAAAGGCAGAGGGCUUGGUGAAACUUCUUAGGGACGGCCAUGUUAUUGUUUUCAUUUUGACACUGAAGCGUGUCAUAGAGCCAGUGAUGAAGCUGUCUCUUUACCUACAGACCGAUGGCAUUUCCUUGGCUGACGCAUAUGGUAGGGUAGACGGGACAAAGACAUCUCUUAGUCACAUGCGAUCUGGUCAUAUCCUAUCGAAUUGCAGGCUAAGGGAUAGUGAUGGUCUGUCAUCAUCAUCACAAGUUGUUGUAGAAAAGAAGUUUCAGGGCGAGAAAGUUACACUGAAGGGUAAUACACCCGAUAUUUAUAAUUGCCAUGAACGACUGGUUGAUGCAGUUAUAACAGCCGUCGGCAAAAGGUUCCAAACCUCGGAACUUAUUUCUGCCACCAAGAUUGGUAGUUUCAGGAAUUGGCCUCGUCCAGGAUCCCUAACUGUCGAAGUGUUUGGUGAUGCAGAAGUGAAGACACUGUGGACAAACUUUGAGCCUGUGUUCAACUGUAAUGAUGUUUCACUGGAAGAGGUUGUUGAUGAGUGGAGCACUUUGAAAUCCCUGGUAUAUGAAAAUUUCAGAUACCAUCAGGAGAUCUUGGACAAUGUCUUAAACUGGGAGAUAGUCAUAGGCAGCUGCUCUGAUGUGUGCACAGAGAACAUAAUGAAGCUGUUUACACUGCUCUGUGCACUGCCACCUAUAUCAGUCAAAAACGAAACAACAUUCAGCCAAAUGAAACUGCUUAAAACAAAGAGAAAGGGUCAUUUAAAGGCUGACAGGCUAAAUGACUUGCUCACUAUUAAGCUUGAGAGUGAAGAUAUUGAAAAAUUUGACCCUGAACCAGCCAUUCUUGAUUGGAUGACUAGUACAGCAUCUGGUCAGGGUAGGCGACUGAAUGCCACAAAGAGGGUUCAAUCGACAACUUCCAAGACAGUUUUCAUUUCUGAUACAGAUGAGGAGCCGGAGGACCUAGUAGGGAUAGAUGAUGAUGAUGAUAUUGCACAGCAGGAAACGAGUGUCAUGAAAGACUUCUUUGGUGAAAAAGACGAAAAAGACGACGAUGAUGAUGAUGAUGAUGAUGUCGAGAUGACACAAGAUACUGUUUUCUCUCUUCUUUUGUCAUUUAGAGAAUGA